GCAAUAGAUUCAGCGUGGUGGAAACGAGUCAAAAUCCAUGAGGAGAAACUUUUAGGGGAGGCAAAUCCUCUUUACCAAACCAUCACCACCACAGUUUCAUCCCAUUAUUCUUCUCUCCGAUUUCUCCAUUUUUCUCUCUUUUACUUUUUCUGAAGUCAAAAUUUUCUCUGCUCAAUUCCACUACUAGAGGAAAUUUUCCCCUCUAGCAUUGAUCCCGUUUCAUUUCCCUCAUCUCUCACCCUUUUAUGUGCAUGUAUGUCUGUGUCUCUGAACCUUCCUGCCUGAGAUUGUAGAUCUUGGUGUCGGUGGUGGGCGAUCGGAGUUCAUGUCUCCCUCGAAUGGUUUGCAGAACCGAGAGGCCGUUGGUGGUGGGCUCAAUUAUAUAGAGCACCGGGUUUCCAAAUUUGACACUCUUGCCGGUGUGGCCAUCAAGUAUGGCGUUGAGGUAGCUGACAUUAAAAGGAUGAAUGGGCUAGCCACGGAUCUUCAAAUGUUUGCAAUGAAGGUAUUGCGGAUUCCAUUACCAGGACGACAUCUGCCAUCAUCUAGUCAACCUAAUGGAUCUGCCAAGUUCGGGGAUGAUCGCCCAGACAGGAGACCUCCUCAUAUAGGUCAAUCGGGUAUGCAGGAAGCUUUCCAGUCUCUGAGACUGAAAGCUCCCCGACAGAGCAUGUCACCAACAAUGACCACCUUACAGCAAUAUUAUGGGCUCAAAUCUUUAAAUCCCAGGGGUACAUCUGAAGGAACAGAAAUGGCAGUAUAUUCAUCUACUGGUUCAAAUUAUUUCAGAGAGGAUUGGCUUCCCAAAGCCUCGCCAAUGUCAGAUAUGCCACCUGGUUUACUCACUGGGAACAGUGCAGUGCCUGAGUAUGUACCUCUUGUAGAAAUUGGGGAUGGAGGAGGUGAUAAGUCAGAUGAGAAAUCUGUCCGCAGACGACAGAAACCUGAAGUUGAUAGUGGAGCUGGUACCCCGGAAAAGCUAUGGAAAGAAGAAAACACUGGUGGGACCAGUGGUUUCUCUCCUUCAACAGGGAAAGGCUUAGCCAUGAGGCCAAAAUCAGCUAGCCGAAAUCUGCUACAUUCUGAGUCAGAGUCAGGAUCCUUAGAUUCAAUUCCAAUAGGGCUGGGAGAAUCUAUAAUGAUUGAUGGACUUUCUACUGUGCAUAAAUCUUCAAGUACAUCAAGCUUUAAGGAGCAGGAAAAGAAUAACUCAGCAACAGUCUGGCCAACUGGAUGGAGUUUGAAAACAGACUUGCAAGCUCUUUCAACUGCAUCUAUCGCCAAACCUAUCUUUGAUGGCUUACCUAUACCGAUAACUGGUCGCAGGAGCAAAGCUGCCCUUGAUUAGGGUAAUCCAUUCCCAUUCUUUGAGCCAAUUUAUUUUUUGACACUACAUAAAGGUAAGGGGGAAAAAAACUACAAGAUGUAUUCCUUCUGUUGAUCAAGCUUGAAGAGAGAAAAGAAAAAAAAAAAUCAAA